AUGUACCCACCAGAUGGUUCACUAACAUCACCUCAAUCCGGCCGCCUUGAUACCUCACCCUUACUAACCUACUCAAUAGCUAACCAUCUCCUCCGCAGCCGCCGUCAGUUACGUUGUCCACCACAACUUCGAGGCGCUGCCUCCCGUCUCCUCCGAAUGGCGAGCAGCCGCGGAAUGAUGCUGAGAGAACCCUCUGUUCGUGUCCGUGAAAAUGCAGCAGAGCAGCUUGAAGAGACGCAAAGUGGCUGGGGUUACUCGAAGCCGGUAGUUGUUAUUGAUGUCUUUUGGAAUUUGGCGUUUGUGAUAAUAGCUGUUGCUGUUUUGGGGGCAAGUUUGCAGGAGAGGCCAAAGGUGCCUUUGAGAGUGUGGAUUGUCGGGUAUGGUUUGCAGUGUUUGUGUCAUGUUGUGUGUGUUGUUGUGGAGUACAGAAAGAGAAGGAAUUUGGGAGUUCUAGAAAGUGGGAUUUUGAGCUCUAGGUCAGGGGAUUCUUUGGAUUUCUGGACUCAACAAAGUGGAAAUGAUGGUGUAGGCACUAGUGUUGCUAAGCGUGUGGAAUCUGCAAGUACGAUGUUUUCAGUUAUUUGGUGGAUUAUUGGAUUCUACUGGGUUACUACCGCUGGUCGCCAAAAUUUGGAAGAGAAUUCAUCUCAGCUUUACUGGCUCUGUAUUACAUUUCUUGCUUUCGACGCGCUCUUUGUAAUUAUUUGUGUUGCUGCUGCAUGCCUUAUUGGCAUUGCUGUUUGCUGCUGCCUUCCAUGUAUAAUUGGCAUCUUAUAUGCUAUGACAGACCAGACUGAGGAGAAUGAUCAAGGGAAAUAUGAUGCUCCAACCUGCAAAGCCUUAGUGUCUAUUGCUGAUUAUCUGAGGUCAUCAGCUGUUUGUUUAGAAGGCAUCAGCCAACCUGCGGACAGAGUUCUGUUGUCAUUUCUGUUUGCAUUUAAUUCACAAAAUGCACCUUUGGCUCUUGCUCUUGAACGUUCUGUGUCUAAUCUUGCAUUGCCUUCAAAUUGGGAACAGGAAGGAGCAACUACAGAAGAGAUUGAUCGAUUACCAAAAUACAAGUUUUGCAGGAUAGAGGAUUUUGAGGAAGUUGAUGGUAAAAUUCGAGAAAGUUGUGGAGGGACGAUGACUGAAUGUGACACCAACGCACCCAUUGAACGUGCUCUCUCGCACGAAGACGCUGAAUGUUGCAUUUGCCUUUCUGCCUAUGAAGAUGGAAGUGAACUGCGUGAACUUCCUUGCAAUCACCAUUUCCAUUGUGUGUGCAUAGACAAGUGGCUUUGCAUCAAUGCAACCUGCCCUCUCUGCAAGUUCAACAUUGUAAAGACUGACAGUGAAAGUGGUAGAGCUGAAGCAUAG